AUGGUAUGGACAGACUGGUGGUCUCACGACAGAGUGCCGCAGCCAGCUGGGCUCGCCCCUUACAGGGUCUACUGUGAGCAGGGGAAGGUUUACUGGUGGUGCAGCUGUGGCAAGUGCAGGACACAGCCGUGGUGCGAUAUGAAGAACAAAACGGCAAAUGGAUGCAAGCCAGUCAUGUACAUUCCAAAGCUGACGGGUUGGAAGUUGCUGUCAGGUUCCAAGUUCACCGAGGUUCCACCGUUCAGUGUUGGUUCUCACCUUUGGGUGAAAUCCCAUACCAACACACCGCUAGCUUGUGCCUCGGCUUUCGCCAUGGCCUUUUCUGUCGGCGUCUUCUCCACGUAUCUUAUGCACGGCUAG